AUGGUGGCGGAGUCUGAUCAAGAUAAUACAAACGAGACUACAGAUUCUACUACAUCAACACUCAAACGCCCCAACCCAUUAGCUUCCAGUAAUUCGCAAUCUACUAAAAAAGUUAAAAAGAGUGACGAGAAGAAGGAUGAGUCAAAGACUAGAAAUGAAGUUUCCUCAAAUAUGGUAAAGAAGCUUAUUGAGGAGUUAUCCGUUGAAACGUCUCGGAUAUUGGAAAUUAAUGAAGAGAGUACUGGUAAUUUCCACGAUUUAUAUCUUGCAAUCAAUAGGGUCGAAGAACAAAGCGAACGUGUAAAUCAACUCAUACUAUGA